AUGGGGAGCGCGCUGGAGACGCUGUGCGGGCAGGCCUACGGCGCCAAGAAGCUCCCCAUGCUCGGCGUCUACCUGCAGCGUUCCUGGCUGCUGCUCACCGCCACGGCCGUCUGCAUGCUCCCACUCUACCUCUUCGCCACCCCGAUCCUCAGGUUCUUCCACCAGGACGACCAGAUCGCCGUCAUGGCCGGCCGCUUCUCGCUCUACAUGGUCCCGCAGCUCUUCGCGUACGCGCUCAACUUCCCCAUCCAGAAGUUCCUGCAGGCGCAGAGCAAGCUGAUGGCCAUGGCGGCGGUGUCGGCGGCGGCGCUGGUGCUCCACGUCGCGCUCACCUGGUUCCUCGUGGUGCCCAUGCGGAUGGGCCUCAUCGGCCUCGCCGUCGCGCUUAACGCGUCGUGGUGGUUCGUGGUGCUCGGCCAGCUCGCCUACAUCGUCAUGGGUUACUGCCCCGGCGCAUGGAACGGCUUCGAGUUGGACUCCCUCGCCUUCACCGAGCUCUUCAGCUUCGCCCGCCUCUCCAUCGGCUCAGCAAUCAUGAUCUGCUUGGAAUUCUGGUUCUACAUGUUCCUGAUCGUGAUCGUGGGCAACCUUCCCAACGCUCAGGUCGCCGUCGCCGCAGUCUCCAUCUGCACCAACCUGUUCGGGUGGCAGAUCAUGGUGUUCUUCGGAUUCAAUGCAGCCAUCAGCGUGAGGGUGUCGAACGAGCUGGGCGCGGGGCGUCCGCGGGCGGCGAGGUUUGCGAUCGCGGUGGUGCUCAUGUCGUCCGUGGCCAUCGGGGUGGCAUUCUUCGUGGCCGUCCUGCUCCUCCGCGACGUCUACGGCGCGCCCUUCACGGAGAGCCCCGAGGUGGUGCACGCCGUGGCCAGCCUGGGCGUCGUCUUCGCCUUCACGUGGCUGGUGGCCUACAUCAACCUGGGGUGCUACUACGGGGUCGGCAUCCCGGUCGGGUACAUGAUCGCCUUCCCGCUGCGCCGCGGGAUUCAGGGGAUGUGGGGCGGCAUGCUCACCGGGGUGGGCCUGCAGACGGUGAUCCUGAUCGCGAUCACCAUGCGCACCAACUGGAACAAGGAGGCCAUAUUUACGUUAAAACAGACAACGCGUAGACGGACACGACGCGGGCCCUUGUCCUUCCUUGAUCUGCUCGUCGAUGACACAGACUUUCCUUUUCUCUUCCCCUGCUCCUCCCUCAGCCUUCCGCCAUCGUCGCUGCCACUCGUCGACACCCAUUUUCCACGCCAUGCCAUAGCCAGCCCACGUUCUCGUUUCCGAGGACUUUUCUCUCAGCGUUCGUGGCUCUUUGUUGCUGCAGUCGGCUACCCUUGCUUUGGACUGAAGAAAGACAAUGUCAUUGUUAAUGUGGAGGUCUGGAAAGUGUUACUGGAUGUUGACUGGCAGCAUAACUUCAAGACGUUCUAUGAAUCUGUUAGAGUGAAGAUCUCCUGCAAAGAUCCCGCAAGAAUCCCUGCUGAAAGGCUAUUUGGGAUCAAAGGAAAAAUUUACAGACUCCUGAUUGAGGUUGAACCAAACCCACAUGAGGUGGAGGUGGGGGACUCGGUGGGUUUCAAUCUGCUGAGGGAGAUGGAACUAGCUGAAGAUGAUGAGAUUUUAUCUGAAGAUGGAACAGAAGACCACGACUCUACUGCUGGGCCUGAACAGCCAGACCUGGAGAUGUGUUAUGACACAAACUUCCCUGCUUUGGAGGUGGCGAAGGAGAACAAGAAAUGGGGGCCAGUUCAAGUGAUACGUCUCCAACGUAUCUAUAAUUUUUGA